CAGUGCCAGGGUCGGACGUAAAGUUCCCUUCUUGCCUCUUGUUCCAAUAUUGUCCUGUGUAUUGGACAUGUGUAGCUGUAGCUGUGUAGAAGGCUGAUGCUGCUUCUUGGCCCCAGAGAUCCUGAAUGCCCAAGUGUUGACUAAUUGCAAACAUUUGGGCCUCUCGUUUAAAACGAGAAGAGUUCAUCUAGCACUUCACGAUGUCGGAUGUUCCUUAAGCUAUGCAGGAACUUCGAUAUUGAAAUGGCGCAGAACUUUUUUCAUGCAGAGCACAUCAUGACUUGCAUUGACUCACCGUUGUUGCUUGCGUUUGGUGUAGUUGCAUGAGUCUUGUCUGCUUAUCGUAUCGACUCUCCGACCUGCAUGCUCCGUAUUAGUAUUACACUGCACCACAUAAACUUUUCAUAAGCUACGUGUUGCAGCACACUUUAUGUUGCAGUACUUACCAGCUUACUCACUCUUAUUAACAUUUAUUCGCUCACAUAAUCUUGUUGCUUCCUGUAAUUCCUUCUCUCCCAAAUUCACUAACUUUCUUCUUCUCUCAAACUUUCUCCACCACUGCUUGCUGCAACAUAGGCCAAGACUUUACCCCAAACCGAGGCAUAGCAAUUCAGAAGAAGGCCCUCAACCAGGAGACCAGAGGUACCGCCAGAUGGGUUUUACUCGAGGCUUCAGCUUAGGAGAAGAAGUUGGCUGGAGAGAUGGCUACCAACUGGGCCUGCAGAGAGGGGCACAAAUUGCAACUGAGCUUGGGUUCUAUCAAGGGUUUGUCCAUGCUUGGAUAACAGUGCUUGAACGAGAAGAAAUUGCCAAGCAGCGGAAAAUGGUAGCACUGAAGGCACUUCUAGAAAUGACAAAAAGCUUCCCCAAAGUAAACAUUGCUGAUGAGGACAUGUUUGAGAAGCUGCACAAAAUCAGGGCUAAAUUCAAACAGGUAGUGUCCAUUCUGAACAUUGGACAUGAUGUUGCUGAGCCACACCCACAGGAAGAGCAAGCUGCAUCAAGGCCUGAAAUGUCCUUUUGAUGACUCUGUCUACUAUGGGGUGCUCAGGGCGCCUCGAGCUCCCGUAGCUCAUCUGCCAAGACUUGGCCUUCCGCUCUCUUGCUGCCUAUGUGGAACUGCUUGGUGUUCCUUUCCAAGGGGUUGGACUGCAGACCACUGUCAUCCACAGGAAUGCUCAUCACAGCUCGUCGAGCUUUGGUUUUGGUUUGUUCCAUUUCUGUACCUUACACCAGAGUUCGAGUGAUGCGAUAUUCUUGAUAACAAUGUGGAGAAGUAUGGAAACCGUUCUGUCUAGUCAGUGUUAGUUGUGGAACUGUGAGGAGCUCGUAUGAACAUAUUGAAACAUUUUGACAAAUACGCAGGUUGCACACCUAAUAGUAAAUAAACCAGCAAAUGAUGGCAGUGAUAGUAUACAGUCGCCAUCCGAUUUUUCGGACUUGGCGGGGAUCGCGCAAGAGUCCGAAUAAUUGAGCAGUCCGAAAGAACGAAUUUCGCUUCAAAAUAAACUUUACUAAGCACUAGUAUGCUGGAAAAAUUUGUCGACGCUUUCCUAGCGCGCUUCCAGCUCUAACAUCAGCUUCCAUUUCCCGAAGCAACAUUUUGUUACUGUACACUGACAGAGGUGCCGCCGUCAUCAAGUCUGCAAGUCGGCUUCACCUAACGCAUGCAUGCGUUAGGUGAAGCUCGCUUUACAGCGCUGUCGCGCGACUCGCGGGCGGACAGCACGUGCUGGGCCUUUUGUAUCAAGCCGUUGGCCAAAAAACGAAGACGCAAAAGCGUUAUGACAGAUCUCUUCAACUUGCAGGAAUGGAAAAUGAACAAUCAUUGCCUGUUUUUUGCCUCAAUAUUUUAGUUGGUUGAUUUCUUUUGAAACAAAAUUUCGUAUGAUACCGAUAUUUUCAGUCGCCCCAAGAGAGAAAUUCGCCGGUUGGACAAACAGAGUCCGAAAUAUCGAGCGACGGGGCUGCACAGCGCCCGAAAUUUUGGGCGUUCUUAUACAUCAUCCCUAUGGGACCCGCGGCCGUUACGCGAACGAGUCCGAAUAAUCGAGCAUGUCCGAAAUAUCGGUCAGCGACUGUAGUUGAAAUGCUAUUGGCCACUCUUAAUUCUCAUGGUAGGUACGGUGCUGGACAAAAGUUUACGGAACACGCUCCGAAACAUUUCUUCCUCUUCCAGCUGCGAAUGGGACCGUACGGACUUACAGACGUGUGCCUGGGUAACCCAGUCACCUGUUUCCAAGUCCGUACGAUACCAUUUGCUGCUAGCGUGUCACUCAGAGGGAGGAAUGCGCCGGAGCGUGUUCCGUAAACGUUUAUCUGGCACCGUACUAGCUUUUCCAGUGACACUGCCAGGCUGCAGAGCUAUCUACCAGGGCAGUGAAGACUCUGACUUGGGCACUUGUCAUACUUUAGAAAAAAAAAAAACUCCUCAUCGGAUGUGGGAAAAGCCAAAAAUUACGUAGCAAUAUGUAAUUACGUUCUGCAGGUCGAGCACGUUUCAGCCUACUGAUGAAUAAUGUUGCCCCUUUCUGCAUAGAGCUCCAGGUUACCUUUCUGAGUCAUGGGGGAAACUCUGGAUAUAUGGAACACCCUUUUAUUGUUCAGGCAUCGCACUGCCAUGUUAUAUUUACCUAUAUGAACAUUGGUAUUAAUUAACGUUAUACUAGAAGCAACCUGAGCUUGAGAAUGCAAAAAUUAAAAAUGCCAACACAAUAUAUGCUGUUCCACACAAGCUCUAUUGUGCUGCCGGUUCUAAGUUUUUGAGCUCACGUUAAUUUUGGAAUUGAGUUCAUCAGCAAUAGUUUAUCUGAAUUGACAUGUCUCUUGAAGUGUCAAGGUCUCCUUGCACCUGGAGCUGGUGAAAUUAGGUCUGAAUUUUUAAGUGCUCCUCUCCGUAUGAAGCUUUCUUCCUGCUCAUUGAUAACUCACGUAACUUCCCUCGCAGUGGAGACUCUUUACUUCCUCCAAGUGAUGCGUUUAAGCUGCAUCAGUUCUUUCUUCCCAAAGGAACACCCAAUUAUGAGCCACACAGAAUCGUGCUGGAAAAGAUAUCUUCAAAACGUGCACCAACUCCUUGUUUUUGUAAUAAAAACUUUUUACAUGCCCUGUGCACUUAGCUGCCUUAACAACGGAGGAUGCAGCUCUUAAAACAGUAAAAAAAAGGUUUGCAAACUCUAUUUUUCAAAUGCAUUGUUAUUGCAAAUUUUGUUAUCUGAACUAUCUAUUCCCACAGCAUUUUGCAAAAAUUUAACCCUAAAACAAUAAUGAAAACAAUUUAUUUGCAUCUGGUUGAAGUACUAGGCCACAGACUUCACCUUUUGAGUGCUUAUCUCUCACUUUGCAUAUUUGAGCCACUCUGGCUAUUCCCAGUCUCUCGCAGCCACUUACUUGAGUAGUUCAAAAAAAAGGUUUGGUAUCAUUACAUUUGUGAAUAAAUUCUCUGGGGGGUGGGGUGGGGGUGAAGCUACUAGAUCACCAAUUUUGAACUUCUAGAGGGUAGAGCCUUCUUUUUGCAGGCCUGGUCCAGGCUCGGGUUUGACCAUUAUUUCGUUGACGGGCCCUUACAUUGCUGGGCCUAGGCCAGGCUUGAGCCUGUGUUACCCCACUGCUAGAUAGCCACGGUCAUCUUUUACAGCCCACUACACUGGGCUGGGCUGGGUAGCCUAUAACUUGCUUGGGCCGGGCCAGGUAUGAAGCCGUCGGGCCAGGCUCGGGCAGGUAAAUCAAAGGAAUGCUGGGCUCAGGCCGGGCCUGUGCAGCGCUCUAGCCUGUCAUCCUAUCUUGCGCUGAAUUGUUGUCAUAACAAAUAUGAAACAUGGCACUUCCUUGCUUUUAGUGACAUGCAAUAAGAGAAGCCCUUGUACAUGCACUAGGGACAUCAUACACCCUUUUGUGGCUGCCACAGACUUAUUAGAAGAUGCAGAUUUAUGGCAUAGCGUGGAAGGCUUCCAUGAAAAGUAUAGGUUUCAUUUAGAGGGAGGAUUGGAAGUGAAAGGAGUGUUUAGGAAUGUGGACCUCUGUUUCACCAGGUCUUCGGAAAAUUGUCAUGGUUUUUUUGUUUUUCAACUUUUUAUUUUUGUCAUGGUUUUCUUUUGCAAUAACAUCAUGCAAUGCAACACAUUGGAAUAUCCAGGAUUAAUGAACAUUUGCGUGUUUUGCAAAUGCAUAUAUAUAUACAUACAGAGAUGCUGAUCUCACUGCCAGUGCAAAGGGCAGCUGUUUUCCAUCUCCUUCUUUUAUACGUUAUCCUCACUAAUGCAUUCCCUUUGCAAGGGUUCACUCAUACUGACUUCGUACAAAUUUCAAUGCCACUGAAAUGUUCCUCUCCAUGUUUUUUUUUUUUUCGUGUAUCACACAGUAAGUGUGUAAUGCCUAUAAAAUAGGGCAUGCUAGCUUGGGCAUUGACUUUUCAGUAGGGCUUUAGCGUGAGAAGGUAAACUAUCUUUGUUAGGUAUUACCUCGAUGGGCCUACACUGAGUACCUACAUCUACUGAAAUCAUAGCACGGUAUUCUAGGACAGUGUAAUAUGCUACGUACGUAGGUCGGCUGUCUGCGCAGCACCCCAGUUUUCCUCUCUCCCCUAUUGCCCUGGAGUAACCUCAUUGGUCCUUCUCCCAAAUAAGGGGGUAAUAAAUCAAGGUGGUGUUCACGUGGUUUCUUCUGUGGACCCAUGCUGGUCUACGAAUGCCCACUUGUUGCUGCCUUGUGAGUGGACAGACACUUCGUUAUGUGGUUUCUCCAAACGUUACACGCUCCUCUGCGCAGAGGCAAACUGUCGUAGCAUAUUGGCUUGUGGCCACACCAUUAUAAAACCCUGUAGAGUUAACCCCUUUAGUGCCACAUUAUUGUUCAGAAAAAUUACCUGAAAAUGCCAGAUUUUUUAAUUGCAUAGUUCGAUUCCUAGUACAUAAAAAUCGCUGUUUGCAAAGGUUUCUACAUGAUAUAACCAAAACUUCCAUAUAGAAAAUAUAUAUGCAAACCAAUAAAACCAAAUAUAUGUACAUAUAUAUGACCGUGUCACUUCCCUGCGCCGGGCUGAAGAGCUCCAAGUAGAGCGAAACAGCUGUCCUCGGCUGGGAAUGCACGAUCAGAUUACAAACAUAUGCGCAAACGUGCAGCUACAGAGCUACGGCUGUUUUCCAUUUGUAUAUGACGAAAACAAUAUAUACAACCAAAAAUGGCAUAACCAAAAUGAUAUAACCAAGAAAAAUCAGGCGUAGCCAAAAUGGUAAGCUAUGCGGAUGUGGUGGUGGAUUAUUUUUUGGCCGACUACGUCACCCUGUUUCAUCGCCACCAACAGCAGCACCACCGGAGUCUGCCUCCUCUUCUCUUCUUCACUUGUAGAGCUGCCGUUCCGCCAGAAAGUCAUCUUCACUGGACGAGCAAAAUUCUGUUCCUUCAGAAUCGCUAGAACUCGCAUGAGCUGGCGCCGACGCGCUGGACGACGCCAUUUUUAAAUGUAUGCUGCAGAACCUAAAUGCUUGGAGCAAACGCAGACCGGUGCUGCCAUCUAUCCUCAAAGCGCAAAAGCAGUCGGACGAGCUGCACUCUCUCUCUGGCAGUGUAGAAUACGACAAAUACUCGUGGACGAGCUACACUCACGAGCUGAGUUUGUCCAUGGCACUUAAGGGGUUAAUGAAGUUGUGACCUUAUUGUAAUGGAAUUUCACAGGAUGUGUCAAUUACUUGUAGACCUUGCAAAAUUUUCCGCUUAUCAUAAACUACGUAUCUUCAGUCGAAGGUAUGUUUGCCUUGAAUUGGCAUCUAGAACCUCAAGAAUGAUAAAAAGUGGGAAGAAAGAGGAAACAAAAAUUUUAUGUUGUCUCCCCUAAAGGAUUGGGACAAACGUCUGGUUUUGCAUGGUGGACCUUUGUCGGCUUCAUGUGGUUUCCUUGUUUGUGACCUCGCUUGUGCUUCAUACACCAUAUGGGUUGGCCUGUAACGCCACGCACACGAGGUUUGUUGAACUUCCUUUUUCUUUUUGUUCAAAGGGCAAAGCAUUUUGCGUAAUUCUAAUCGCAGGCCAGCUACACUGGCUUGGUGUGUUCCAACUGUUUGCCGUAACGAGAUUCAGCUGUGUUGUUACGUUGUCCCCAGAGCAACCUGCAGAGCAGUUUCAUUGUUCUAGGAACGAAAGCUUGCAUACUGGAAGGUAUGGGAGGCAUCUAGCACAUGCAAAUUUCUUCAUAAACUUCUUUUCGUUUGUUUUUAACACAGGUUACAAAAUGUAACCGGUGCAAUGAGGUGCAGCAGACGGUGAUGACACGAGGAACUCAGCAAGUUCACUGCCACUUCAGAAUCCUUUUUUAGGACGCAAGCAAAGUUCUAAACAGCCUAUAGUUAUCCCACAGUGCCAAAUCUCCAUGCUGUUGCUUGUUCACAAAUACGAGUUUGGCAGUGGUGCACUGUGCCAGAGUGGUCUCUCUAGCUGGGAGGGAGUGCUUUUAAUUAAUAACAACUGUAUUCUGCAUAUUUUUCCCCUUUGUAACUGACGUGCAUCUGUUGGGAAGCUGUGCUGAAAGGUUAUGAGGCUUCGUAGGUGUUUGACUGUACAGAUGCUUGUUAAGUUUGGUGAAGUGAUGAUGUGUUGUUUGGUGAUUAAUUUUCUUGUGCUUGGCCUUCGACCAGCCUUUAAAGUAUGUCGUUCAACUUUGAGUGAUGUUGUUUGUCAUGUUCAUUUCGGAUGUCCAACAAGCACAGAUCGGAGCAUCGUAAGUUUAUUGCCAGUCCGUACCUUCCAUAAGGACGCAGCUUUUUUUGAAGUGACUUGUUUCUGUAGCCCACCUUUACCUUUCUAGGCUCCUUUACUGUGCUUGUUGCAUCUUCUCAGACCAGUGCACUUGCACUUCACGAUAGCUGCCAGUUGUAUUCAAGUGGUGGGUUCCUUUACGUUUGGUGCUGUGAGAUGGAGUUUGCUUGUGAACUGUACUCGAUUGGCACUGUUAUUUGCACCCUCAGCUUCUAACAACUGCCAAUGUUUAGUAUUUACCCUCGUUCAACAAAGUACAUGCUGACUUUCAUGCCCUAUGUCAUGGCAUAUUUCAGUACAAAGAAAGCAAACGCCCUGGUAAUGGGGCAGAGAGGACUAGUACUGUUACAUUAUUGGUGUGUGGAGGCUUUACUUUGCAAACGUAGUUAGUGGUACAGAUAUUCUCUAGUCAAGCUUUUUUUUUUUACCUUCCGAUAUAGCCACCAUUUACUAAGUAUGACCCGUCUUUAUUUUGUUUUAUAUACUUAGUUCCUUAUCUGCAUAUUGCUUUUUUUUUUUCCAAUUCAUGGCAUUCCCUCCAUUUUAAGUGUGCACAUAAUAUGUCACUUCUUACUUGUCUUUGACAAGUCAAUUUCUAUAUUCAUAUGCAUUCACUUUGCGUACCACAAGUUCUGCAACAUUGUUGUUACAUCAGUAGUUCAUUGCAUGUAUUGCACGAACACACACACAACACUGCAACGUAUUGUCACAUCAGUGUGCAGUACGCAAGCGGAACACUGUUGAGUGAUGGGGUCCUUGAAUGUGAAUUUUUCAUGAAUCUGUUAUGAUUGCUCCGCGUACGACGUUUUCCUAUUGCUGUUUGAUUUCAUUGUCUUCGUUUGUUUCAGUUGAUCAAAACUUGCAGGUAGCAUUUUAUUUGGGAGUUUCAUAAUUUUAUUUUCCCUUUCCUUUAUGCCACAAAAUUGUGGAUCAAAAUGAUAUUUGGAGGAGCACAUAACAGCAGAGUGUCUUUGAAAGCUAGGAUGAUAAGGUUUUACAUAAGAUUACAUGCUUAAUUGAGCUACAUGGGCAGUAGAAACAAUGUUGUUCUCUGCAGUGUCUCAAGAAAUUUCUGAAGAUGUGUGGUUCACACUCGUGUGGGAAAGUUGAUUCGUCGCGAUUGCAAUCUACCAGUUUUUCUUUAGACAUCUUGCUCACUACAUACGUUUCUCAACAGCAGUAUGAGUAUUCACAACUGAAAUUUUAUGGAGAUUUUUGGAUCGAGCACUUUUUGCGAGGCUCUUGCUGAGUUGUAAUUUUUGUGUAUCAUAAUUCUAAAAGUUUGUGUUCGCCUAUGGAUGGAAAGGUCAUUUGAGGGUUCUAAGCUUCUCAAGUCUACGAACCUUACCUAGAUCAUGUCAUAGAUUUCUCUCAAAAACUGCUAAUACUGCUAUUAGUACUGCUAUCAUUAUUAAUUAUGUAAUUAAUAUGAUUAUUAAUUAAUAUAUGCGCAAUAUUAUUAUAUGUAUCCGACAUGAAAAUUGCCACAUUAUACGAUGUCUCUUUUUCUGUGAUGUUCUGUGAACUGUAAAUUUUUAGUAGGCAUGUGUGAAUAUCCAAAUUUUUCUAAUGCUGAAGCAAAUAUGUAAUUCUAUAUUAAAUUCAAUUUCCAAAUUGAGUAUGGAAUUCUAUAUUCGAAUUCUGAAUAGAAUCUAUGUUUCUUCUGAACCAAACAUAUUUGAAUAUUUCCGAAGCUCAAAGACUGCAAUUUUCAUUAGUUUGGAAGCUGCACUCUUAAGGCCGAAUACAGCACAGGAGAGACUGAAAAAAACAAAGCGAGUGCUACUUCAUAUUUUGAUCGGCAUUAAUAUAUCGAAUAUACAUGCUGUGCACACGUUUAUAUCCAUACGUGUGCUGCAUGUGUAUCUGAUUCAGUUUCACAGCUGUUUGCUUCAUAUUUUGGUUUGGUAUUGUACUUCUUCACUUCCUAUUUGCUUUGGCUGUGUAUCUAUUCCUUUUGCAUUCACUUCGGGUUUAAAAUAAUUAUUCACACAUGCCAAAUUUUUAGUUCAUGUUCAAUUUUGCAUAAUGAUCAGUGUAAGUGGUGCCGAGUUGAUGAAUCUCUCAUAUGCGUGCAAAGCUCGCCUGAAAAUAUGAAUUUUGCAAGUAACACAAUGCCUAAUGAUGUAGAAGAUGUAACUUAGAGAGUUCAUCCGCAUACUUUUUUUUCUUGCAUUGUGCUCUUUGUUGUCGGGUUGUGCAUCAAAAGCACAGUUUAAGGAUUUAACAGAGUCAAAAACUUGUGAAGCAUCAUGGCAUAAUUUUCUUUACAAGUGAAACAUAGAAAAUGACGAAAGGAAAGUGUGGAGGCUGUAGAGAUAUACCUCCGAAGCCUUUAUGUUGGUAAUUUUUCUGUAACUUUUUGAUAAAAUACAAGCUAUACACUUUUGAAGCAUCCACAUAAAAUCCACUCCCUAUCAGAAAAUGACCACUAGACUCAUUCGUUUCAAAGCUGAGUUGACACAUAGUUUGUUUAUCUCACUUAAGAAGAGAAUGUGCUUAGCCCAUAAAAGUCACAUGUAAGGCUUGCACGUUAGGCAGUUAGCCCUCAUUGUAGCUUCUUGUUGAGUUCACACACUCACAUGCUCAUCAUAUCAUGAAUGCCAGUUCGAUAAGCACAUUUAAGCAGACCAUGGUAAGGACCAUUAAGUUCAGCAAAGUAGCUCGUUUAAUUCUGUAAAACACGAGACAUAAUAAUUUUACUAAUUACACAUACAGUAUUUGCAAUAUGCAUUAUCCUCCCUGUUUGCCAUUAUUUUUAAAAGUGAAUAUCAUUGCAUGAACCCUGUUGAUUGCAAUACACUGUUGAGGAGUUUUGUAGAGGAGCAGCAAAACAAACAAUUGAAGUGCAACCAGUAUCACAAUUACCUAAUUUUUUUAGUUUGAGGAACUACAUCAUGUUUCAUGUAAUCUGUGGUUUCACAUGAGGCUUCUCUGCAUCAAUACUGUGUUAAGGCAAUCUAUAAUUACAUUUGUUGACAUUAUGCUGCUUCAUGUGGUAUGGGAGGUGUCCCAAUACUUUUCCUGUAAGGUUUUGUCAUAUCCUCGUACAGACAGGCGAUAAUUGGUUUCUUCUUUUUCGUGGUCAUCACAUGUGUACGCAGUGCCAUGUUUGCGAGAAUGUCUUGUGAAAUGGAGCAAGCUCAAGGAUGUGUUGGUGUAUACAUCCCACAGUAUAUAUGGCCAGUCUUUGAGCCAACUUUGAGAAGUUUUGAUGGUUGAUAAAAGAUUUUGAUGUAAUUGGCA